CGUACAUUAAUGGAUAGCGUUAGAAGUUUCCCCUCGUCCCAACAAAGCCGACGAGGAGUCGAGAUCUCUCUAAUAUCUUGGCAUCCGUCUCUAUAUCGGUCACUACACGACGCUAACAGACUACAUUUUGAAAUUGGAAUACCAAACCAUAAAUAAUAGCUGUCAUUGGUACGGCAUAGGCUUAUAUAAAAAGGCCCAGACCAAUAGACAUGUUCGCGAUGUCGCAUGGACGGGAGGAGAGUACGAAGUGUAGGAUGCCAAAAGCGACAUUUAACGCGUACGCCUAGCAACCCCGUCUACGCGGCCACGAGCAGCCCCUCUCUCCUAUUGUCCACUACAGAUCCUUCAUCCGCGAGGGCUGGAAGGGAAGUGGAUGUACGUGGAUGGUACAUCCGCGCCGAGUCGCGUCGUCCGGUCGCUAUGGAUACUGCGGACAGACGGAAGACUCGAUGAAAAUCAAUAGGUUUUGCACAACCUUUUCUGUUGCGAAUGAGUAAUCAAGACUCGAUUGAACACUGUGGAGUGCACUUGGCCAAAUUCGCAGAAGAAAAGCAUCGAGAAAAACAAUACCAGCGAGUGGAGUAGUGCGUCAUGGCUGCAUGCCCAGCAUUCUCACAAAAGACAAAGGAGGAAGCACGAAGAAGAUGCGAGAAUCGCUGCUACUACUGUGACAAGGAACUGGAGGAUGGGAACAUAGAAAUCGACCACAUAAUAAAUAGGACGAGAUCCGGAUGCACCAAUCAUGUAAAAAAUGCAGCUGCCAGCUGUAGGAGUUGCAAUCAGAAGAAAUCUACUAAAACGGCCUAUGAUUUCUUCGUGAACGUCCUCAAGAAAAAGCCCCGCUGCCAGGGAACCACGACUCGCGAUGUAUUUUGCAAGAAAAAGGUAGCAAUAGACAGUGAGGAAGACACGAUAUACGAGGCCGAGGCCGAGGCCGAGGCCGAGGUCGAGGUCGAGGUCGAGGUCGAGGUCGAGGCCGAGGCCGAGGUCGAGGUCGAGGCCGAGGCCGAGGCCGAGGUCGAGGUCGAGGUCGAGGCCGAGGCCGAGGUCGAGGAGGAGGUCAAGCUGAAGCUCAAGCUCAAGCUGAAGCUCAAGCUCGAGCUCAAGCCUCAAGCUCAAGCUCAAGCUCAAGCUUCCCAAGCAGCAUGA